AUGCCAUACCUAUCUGAGCUCCAUGAGUGGGACCUGCUGCAACGAUUAGGAGCCCUCUUGAUAGACAAGAAAGCCUAUUGCGAUGGGCUGCCCGAGACAUGGGAUAGGGCUCCAGAGUACAGCGACCGUGCCUAUUAUGAGGUGAUGGCGUUAGAAACUGAGCUGCGCCAAGUAUUCCUUCCCCGGGAGUCUGACAUCCAACUGUCUGAUGAUAACCUGCAGCCGUGCUGGUCUCAGCUUAGGAGCGUGUGCAGCUUGUUAAAUAAUCUCGUGGAUAUCGAAUUUCGGGCAAACAAUGACUUGCACAGCAACUCCUCGUACCCGCACCUCUGGGGGUUGAUAUAUUUCCUUGAUGGACUCGAACAUGAAGAGGUAUUUGACCUGGUUGGUGGCCCGAACCAUACCCUGUUCCGUUAUCGACCCGAAAGUCGGCGAGAAGAUUUAAAAACAAUCACUGGCUUCAACAAGUAUAUGGCCCAACUAUUUGCCAAUCAAUUCAGACCAGUGGUUGGGUCCAGUCGAAAUGUCAAGAGUACGCCUUGGAAGAACACACAAUUCCGAAGUCGGGCGUCCGCUGUCUUUCACCUUCUUUUUGAACGAUUUACUUGCGAAAUCAGUCAUGAGGUUUUGUUGAAGGUAUCAGAGGAGAUAGCAGAAGCGGAUCGUCUACCCGAACUUCAAUUACUCUUGUCAUCUUGCUCUAACUCUGGAACCUGGCAAGAAACACUUUGUGCCCCAGUUGAAGAUGACAAGGCUAUCAAAGAACUGCGCGAUGUUUGCCUGGAACUAAAGCAGUUUCAAGGUCGAGGCCAGGAGCUCCACCUUUCCAUCCAAGAGCAUCAGCUGUUUGGAGUUUGGGCCUGGCAGACAAUGGGAAAGCCACCUCUAAAAACUAUCCAAAAGCUUUCACUUGACGAACUUAUAACAAAUGGAAAUUUCAAGCCCUUAAGCUGCCACUCACUCAUCAGCAAACCGUCCCUCAUCCGAUAUAAUCUCAAGGAAAAGCGAACAUUGGCUGUGAAGCUCGGAUUUUGUCUCCUUGACUUUUUUGACUCCCAGUUGGACUCGAGAAGGAUCCAUUUUCUUGUUCCGAAUGACGGUCGCCCCAACAAAGAUCUCUUGUAUCUGUCCUUCUCUUCAAAGUUACAAGACUCAGAAGAGUUUCGUGACUUCCGAAUUGGGCAUCCCGUCUUGCUUUCAUUCGCUAAACUGUUGAUUGAAAUUGAAGAAGGAGACAACCUACCGCUUAAUAUUGACUCUCACUAUGGGGAACAAAACACGCAAACCUGGGCAAAGCUUUUUGAGUGUGUCGAGCGCAUGGAAGUCGAGCGAAACGACUCUUACAUAGAGGCAGUCGUGGGAUGUCUGAACGUACAUCGCCAGAUAGCCAAAAGCCUCCGAGAUGAGACUCCCAGAGGGGAACACAUAGAUAUGAAAAUAAGAGAGGAGCUAUACCAACACAUAGUUCGAAAACUUGAACUCUCUCUGGUGGAAUGCACGACUCGGAAGAGGGAACGAUCAGAGUCCCCUGAGCCUCUUCCAUCGAAAUUACCCUUAGGAGUUGCGUCAACUCGACGUAAUGGAUUAUUUGAUGGUGAUCUGGAUGAUCGGGGAAAGAGACGAGAAUUCUGGCCAAGUUCGAAGCGGAGUCGUACCAUCGCAAUACCUGAAACAACAAACUUCUCAACAAUAGUUUUCAGGUCAACGAUUACAAAACCAACCGAUCUUAGUACAUUGAACAAACGGGAUAAUUUUCUCAGCCGUGGUAGCAAACUCUUUCGAAACACUGAGCCAUUAUCUGAAAAUAUCAGUGAGCAGAUCGUCACAGUCCCUGGUCGUCCCUCGAGCCGUGACGAGUUUGAAGUGGCCAUCAUCUGCGCGCUACCCCUCGAAUACGACGCUGUUACCCUCUUGUUUGACUGCUUCUGGGACGAGGAUGGUCGUGACCUUUACGGCAAGGCAAAGGGGGAUCUUAAUACAUAUACAACUGGACGCAUGGGAAGCAUUGAUGUCGUUUUCGUUCUUUUACCAGAAAUGGGCAAGGCAAGUGCGGCAGGAGCUGCUGCUAGCCUACGUUCUAGUUACUCUGCCCUAAAACUUGUUCUUCUGGUGGGAGUAUGCGGUGGCGUUCCCAAUCCCAACGGGAAAGGUGAGAUGCUUCUGGGAGAUGUCAUUAUUAGCCGAACUAUUGUACAAUACGACUUGGGAAGGCAAUAUCCGGAAGGAUUCAGGCCUAAAGAAGGGAUUGAAGCCAGCCUAGGCCGACCAACGAAGGGUAUUCGAAAUAUGAUUUCCCGGCUAGAGACGUUACGUUGGCGGCAAACGCUAGAGCAGCGUGCAAAAUAUUUCUUGGAGCAAAUCCAGAAGCUGCCCAUGGAAAGGCGGCCUGACCGCGAUUAUAGAUACCCUGGAUCUCACAAGGACCGCUUGUUUCGAGCAGACUACCAGCAUAAACACCACCUUGAACCCGAAUGUCUCUGCUCUCAUAGCCGCACUAACGUAGACCCUAUCCGUGCCUCUUGUCAUAACUCAUCAUGUGAUGAACUUGGCUGUAAUGAUGAGUACCUCGUGAAACGAACUCGCCUAGAGAGGAAGAAACAGCUAGAGAGCGAAAACCGAGCAGAAGAAGCUCAAGCGCCAUCCAUAUUUAUCGGCCGCAUUGGUUCCGGCGACACAGUCUACAAGUCAGCUGAACAGCGAGACAUUAUUGCAAGUCAUUAUAAUAUUCUUUCAUUAGAGAUGGAGGGGGCGGGAAUUUGGGACGAGCUGCCCUGUAUAGUGGUUAAGGGUGUGUGUGACUAUGCGGAUAGCCAUAAAAAUAAGAUCUGGCAAAACUUUGCUGCAGCUACAGCUGCAGCUACAACGAAGGCAUUGUUAGAACAGCACAUCAAAACUGAUAGUUUCUUCUAA